GAUCGAUCAGCCAGCCAGCUGCCGCCAGGCGGGCCGAGCCGCGAGGAGCGGCGCGCGAGCGACGGGGGCGCCGCGGCGCGGCGCGGCGCCGGUAGCGGGUCGGCGAUCGGUCAAGUGCUGCCGCCCUCGCAGCGGCCGCGGGGGGGCGCUCGGCGGGCAGCCCUCGGCAGCGCUCGCACCCCCGCGGCCGCGGAUAGACGCGCCGUGCCGAACAGUGGCGCCUGUGCGCGGAUCGAUAGCGCGCGCGCGUGCAGGGCAGCAGCGAGUAUAGUGGCAGGCGACCAGCGAGUGCGGAAGCGCAUCCCCGAGGCCGCGGUCGAGGUCGCGCCCGAGCCCGAGAGCACGCCAUGGGGGGCCGCGCGGGCGGCGCGCUGCUGCUGCUGCUGCUGGGCUGGGCACUGCCCGGGGGCUCGCGGGCGGCGGCCUUCCCCGACUGGACCGAGUGCCCGGCCGUCUGCCGCUGCAAGUGGACCUCCGGCAAGAAGUCGGCCUUCUGCCCGGACGCGGGCCUGACCUCGCUGCCCGCCUCCCUCGACCCCGACAUGCAGGUGCUCGACCUCUCGGGCAACCAGAUCCCCGCGCUGCAGCAGCAGAUCUUCAAGCACGCCGGCCUGGUCAACCUGCAGAAGGUGUUCCUGCGCAACGCCGGCAUCCACCAGAUCCACGCGGACGCGUUCCGCGACAUGCGCAUCCUGGUGGAGGUGGACCUGUCGGACAACCACGUGGCCAGCCUCGACGCGCAGACCUUCGCGGGCAACGAGCGGCUGCGGUUGCUCGUGCUCUCGGGCAACCCCAUCGCCGCGCUGGGCCCGCGCCAGUUCCCGCCGCUGCAGCACCUGCGCAUCCUCGAGCUGCAGCGCUGCGCGCUGCGGCGCGUGCACGCGGCGGCCUUCCAGCAGCUGCCGGCGCUCGAGAGCCUCAGCCUCGACGCCAACCAGCUCGAGUUCCUCGACGCGGACAGCGUGGCCGGCCUCAAGAAGCUCAAGACGCUGGGCCUCGACAAUAACCCCUGGCAGUGCGACUGCCGCCUGCGCGACUUCUGCCGGCUCAUCACCGCGGCCAGCUCCAACCGGCUGUACUCGCUGCCGCAGCGCUGCCGCGGACCCGAGCGGCUCAAGGGCCGCCGCUGGGAGGAGGUCAAGCCCGGCGAGUUCGCGUGCGAGCCCACGGUCACGCUGCCGCAGAGCAGCAUCCAGGAGGAGAUCAACGGCAACGUCAGCCUGGCCUGCCUGGCGAGCGCCGACCCCGAGCCCGAGGUCUGGUGGCAGCUCAACGGCGGCCCGCUCAACGGCAGUCGGCGCGCCAACGACGAGGUGGGCCCACCAGGUGGCAUAGUGACCUACUCGACCUCGCUGGAGACGCGCGGCCGGCUGGUGGAACGCUGGAGCAACCUGACCAUCUACAACGCCAGCGACAGCGACGCGGGCGAGUACACGUGCCACGCGCGCAACGUGGCCGGCACGGCGCGGGACACCGUGGCCGUGAGCAUCCCGCGCGUCUUCACGGCGCCCACGCUCUCGCAGGCGGACAACUGGCUGCUCUGGCUGAGCCUGGCCGGCGGCGGCACCCUCGCGAUCUGCCUCUCGGCCUCGGCCGUGCUGCUGGCCGUCUGCCUGUGCGGCGGCGCCAGCCGGCGGCGCACGCGCCGCGCCAAGGUCAAGCUGCAGGCCAGCGCCAGCUUCGGCGACCAGGAGAAGAAGCUGCUCGACCUGUCGGUCACCACCACCGCCACCGGCGCCGGCGCCCAGCAGCCGCAGCGGCGCCAGCGCCAGCAGGGCCCGCAGCACGAGGGCCGCCCGGGCGCGGGCUCGCCGCCCGCGGCGGCGCCCGUCCGCGCCGAGUUCGAGCUCGAGCUGGAGAGCCGCGCGGCGCGCCGCGCCGCCGCCCCGGCCGCGCCCGCGGCCAGCGUCACCGUGGAGCGGCUGCGGCUGCAGGCCGCCGAGGCGCGCCGCGGCUCGCCCUCGCCGGCGCCCACGCCGCCGCCGCCGCUGCCGGCCGUGGUCUGCCCGCUGGCCGGCAUUUACAUCGGCGUGCCGCUGCCCGCGGCGGAGCUGGGGCCCGCGCGGCGGCCCACGCCCCCGCCCGAGCCGGGGCCCGCGGGCGCCGAGGCGGGCGCGCGCGAGCGCUGCUACCCCGACCUGCUGGACAUCGGCCUGUCGGGCUUCGCCACGCUGCCGCGCCGGGGCCUGGGCGCGCGGCGCGCCGGCGCCGAGCUCGGCUCGCCCUACGACAACAUGGGCCCGCGCGUCACGGCCGCGGGCAGCUCCACCUUCUCGCUGCUCGACGCGCCCGAGGCCGCGGCGCCGCUCAUCCAGCCGCCGCCCGAGUUCGUCUCGCUCUGAGAGCAGCCCGAGGAGGAGGAGGCUGCCGCCGCCGAGGCCGACGGCGCAGCCGCCUCCCCCGAGGCCGCCUUCGUGCUCUGGAAGUCCAGCCUGUGAGGACACGGUGCCAGUGCCAGUGCGCGCGUGUCUUGACGCUAGCCGCCGUCGGGCGCGCGCCCGCCCGGUGGCUCGCCGGACUGCCC